UCAGGUUUGCUUUCCCACGUCUUUGUGCGCUAACCCAGCGGUCAGUCGGUUGACAGGGACAUACACAUAAAGGUUAAAUGACGUCAGCAGCGGAUCCAGUCUGUAAAGACAACAUCCUCCCACUCCGCCACUGCUUCUGUGAGCACUCGUUCAUCGAAGAAGGACUUCUUAUCCUUCUGUUGCAUCCUUUCGGGACUCACAUCAUGGGGAGGUUAGAUGAGAUUCGGCAAUUUAAUUUAAUGAAAUGGCUCAGAGAAGAGAGACAGUCGAGGAAACUAAUCCUCUUCAUUGUUUUCGUUGCCCUGCUCCUGGAUAACAUGCUGCUGACUGUAGUCGUUCCCAUCAUUCCCAGCUACCUGUAUAACCUGGAUGAGCCAACAGCUAUGAUGGUUAAGAACAACACCCUGUCACAUCAGGCUCCUUCAGAAGUCUUUCACACCAUUGUGUCCUUAUAUGACAACACUGUGAGGGCAUCUGGCUCUAAUGCUUCUGACCUGGUCACUACAACCCCAGCAGCUAAAGAGUUACCACAAAACUCUUCUGACUGCCCCCAGUCUAAUAGAAAGUUGCUCAAUGAGAAUGUCAAAGUAGGAAUGCUGUUUGCAUCCAAAGCCACCGUUCAACUCAUAACCAACCCCUUUAUAGGGCCACUAACAAACAGAAUAGGAUACCAACUUCCCAUAUUUGCUGGCUUCUGUAUCAUGUUCAUCUCUACUAUUAUGUUCGCCUUCUCGUCGAGCUACUCUCUGCUGUUUCUGGCUAGAUCGUUUCAAGGUGUGGGCUCCUCCUGCUCCUCUGUGGCUGGAAUGGGGAUGCUCGCUAGUGUGUACACAGAUGAUGAGGAGAGAGGUCACGCCAUUGGGAUUGCCCUAGGAGGUCUGGCAUUGGGAGUGUUAGUUGGACCCCCAUUUGGCAGUGUGAUGUACGAAUUUGUUGGGAAGACAGCUCCCUUUCUUAUAUUGGCUUUCCUGGCUGUGUUUGAUGGAGCUCUGCAGCUCUUUGUUCUUCAGCCGACAAGGGUUGAACCAGAGAGUCAGAAGGGGACCCCACUGUUGACACUGAUGAAGGAUCCAUACAUAAUAAUUGCUGCUGGUGCCAUUUGUUUUGGGAAUAUGGCCAUUGCCAUGAUGGAACCAACACUGCCAAUCUGGAUGAUGGAGACAAUGUGUGCCAGGAAAUGGCAGCUAGGCGUUGCUUUCUUACCGGCAUCCAUCUCCUAUCUUAUUGGAACCAAUAUCUUCGCCACACUGGCGCACAAGAUGGGGAGAUGGCUUUGUGCUCUUAUUGGAAUGAUGGUUGUAGGAAUCAGUGUAAUAUGUGUUCCAUUUGCUACAGAUAUUUACGGUCUGAUUGUUCCCAACUUUGGUGUGGGCUUUGCUAUUGGCAUGGUGGACUCGUCUAUGAUGCCUAUAAUGGGAUAUCUGGUGGAUCUGCGGCAUGUGUCUGUUUAUGGAAGUGUGUAUGCCAUUGCAGAUGUGGCUUUCUGCAUGGGAUUUGCUUUAGGUCCAUCCAUUGGAGGUUACAUAGCUGAGAGUAUUGGCUUCCCCUGGCUGAUGACCUUAAUUGGCAUAGUGGAUAUCUUCUUUGCUCCUCUUUGCCUCUUCCUUAAGAACCCACCUGGACAGGAAGAGAAGCUUGCAAUUUUGAUGGACACCAACUGUUCAAUGAAGACAAAGUCCUACUCCACACAAGGAACAUACUAUCAGGGUGAAAACGUGGAUACAGAAUAUGAUGACUAUGAUUAACAGGACAUUGGCCAUGCUAGUUCAACCUUCAGAUGAUAUAUUUUGUUGUACAAAAAGUUACACAGCACUGAAACAAAAGAGAUGAGCGAUAACAUAGAUAAAUGUCUUGUGUUUAGUCUUUACUGUUCAAUGUCCUCUUAGCAUUUGUACUGGAGUAAACCAAAUGUUUUGUUGAUGUGUGCUUGUAAGUAAAUUGUGAGAGAGAUAUUUUUAGCCAGUCAGAUGUCAGAAACCCAUUAUCCAAGAGUAGACCAUUAAAGGUCUCUGUUUUGUGUCAUAUUGUAUAUAGACAUGAUACUGUUUUGUCUAUUAUCAAAGUUCUUUGUAAUUGGAUUACCGUGUGGUCUGUGAAGAAAUCAUGUUUGGGUAAACUCCAGGGAAAUAUUUUGGUCGUUUCAGAGGGGUUUGAUAAGCUAAGCUAGUCAAGUCAACUUGAUUGUCCAUGUGUAUAAGAUUCCACAAUUUACUAAAUGAUUUUAAACAAAGACAUUUGGAGUGUUAAAAUGGACAUUGCAUUUUGUUAGAAAUAUUAUUAAGGCACUAUUCAUAUCUAAGCUCAGGAACAUAUUUUUAGUCUUUCACAAAGCCUGGUGAGGAAAAAAGUGAACAAAGCCAAUAUUCAUGUCUGUUUAGCUUUGAUUGAAAUUCAGUGUUAUAAAUUAAUUAUUGGAAUUUUUUAUAUAUAUAUUUUGCCAGCAGUUUAAAACAUUCAAAUUAAGAUAAUGGCACUUCUAGAUGACUACACCGGACCUUACUUGUUUUCAGUAGGGGGCGGGUCAACUAUACAGUAUGUGGGAAAUCAGGCAGAUAAGUCUGAGCAGGUACUAACACACAAACUCUCCCAACAGGCUUUUUAAGUUACAGUGCCUUGCAGAAUUAUUCAUACCAAUUGACAUGUUCCACAUUUUGUCAUGUUAAAUGAAAUGUCAUUUUUUGCUGGAGCAUUCAUCCCUUUUACAUAAAACUUAUUCUAUUGUGAUUUUAUGUGAUAGACCAACACAACACAAAGUGACCCAUAACUGUCAAGUGAAAGAAAAUGCUAAUAGCUUAAAUAAAUAUAAUAUAAAUAUCUAAA